ACCACGUCCAUUAUUAUUAUGAUUAUAUAUAUUUACAAUAAAUUAUAAAUUAUAUUUCCAAUUGCUAAGAAAUUUCGCGUCAUUGGUCAUCACCGUCUGUAUUAUUAUUGAUUAUUGAUAGUUAUACGUAGUAUAUAAUAAAUACGUAGUAUAUAAUAAAUAUAAGGAAAAUAUUAUUAUAUAAUAGCAUCCACGUUACGUUCAAAGAAGCUAGCUAGCUAGUGCUAUUAUUUUUCACAAGAAGAAGAAUAAGGUGGCGAGAGAUGGCGGCAAUGGGCGGAGAAGAGAGCAAGUUGGAGCUGAGCUUAGGGUUGCCGGGCGGCGGCGGAGGGUCAACGGCGAAGGGUAAAAGAGGGUUUGAAGAAACCCAACAUGUGGAUUUGAAGCUCAAGCUUUCAUCCAAUAAGGAUUCUCAAAGCUGUGUUUCUGAUGAGAAUCAGGUCAAUCAUGAUAAGGAUUCAGUCAAACCUCCAGCCAAGGCACAGGUUGUGGGUUGGCCACCAGUGAGGGCUUUCAGGAAGAAUGUGAUCGCGGCUGCGGCGAAGGGGAGCGGUGGCAGCGAGAGCGGCAGCAGCGACAAGGGCGCGGUGCUGGUGAAGGUGAGCAUGGACGGUGCACCCUACCUUAGAAAAGUGGACCUCAACAUGUACAAAAGUUAUCAAGACCUCUCUCAUGCCUUUGCCAAGAUGUUUGGUUCCUUCACUCUUGGCAACUACUGUGAAGGGGAAGGAGGGAUGAAGGAUUUCAUGAAUGAGAAGAAGCUGAUGAAUGUGUUGAACAGUUCUGAUUAUGUCCCCACCUAUGAGGACAAGGAUGGUGAUUGGAUGCUUGUGGGCGAUGUUCCAUGGGAGAUGUUUGUGGGAUCAUGCAAGCGCUUGCGCAUUAUGAAAGGAACAGAAGCAAUAGGACUUGCACCUAGAGCUAUGGAAAAAUGCAAGAACAGAAGCUGAAAAUGAAGGACCCUGCGCGUACUUUUGGCGGGCGGUGUCUUCACUAAUUCUACAAUUGGGAAUGGGGAUAGACAUCGAUCCGUCAAUUAAUACAGAAUGAAUGAAUGCGGUGGUGUCGAAGAUCAAUGUGAUACAAUCUGAUCUGUUUGUAAUUUUUAUUGCGUGCAUGAUAUGAUGGUUAUGCAUGGUUUGGUGUAUCUUCAGUUAUUACUAAGUACAAUUAAGCUAGGGUUGUUUUAUUUAUUUUAAUCAAUGAUCAAGGGCACAAGACCCUGCAGUAAGUAAAAUUAAGAUUGCCAUCGUUUGCAAGACUUUUAAUUAACUAUUCAUCAUGCAUGAACUGUUUUUGUUUGUACUUCGUACCUCAUAUAUAUUCUAAGUAUCUCCAUUUUAUUGUUUCCCUAAUAAUGGCUACUGUCUGGCUGCCUGUUUUCUUUUAUUUACUUGUGUGUGUUGUAUCCAUGAAUAAUAAUUAAUUACAUAUUGUGUGGCUGAGUGGUGUUUUCAUUUGGA